CCUUUCACCCAAAACUUGAUCUAUAUAUUAAGCCUAUUUCCAGCACCACUUUGUACAGUAUACUCUGUCUUUGUAAUAUUAGAAGAAUAAGCAGAGCAAGAUGUCGGAUUGGGGCCCGGUAUUUGUAGCGGUGGUGCUGUUUGUGCUGUUGACUCCGGGCUUGCUGAUUCAGGUGCCGGGCCGGAGCCGUUUUGUUGAGUUUGGAAACUUUCAGACGAGCGGAGUAUCUAUACUUGUUCAUGCCAUUAUUUACUUUGUUCUCAUUUGUAUUUUGUUGUUAGCUAUCGGCGUCCACAUUUUAUGUAAUUCAAAAAAAGGAUUAAUGGCGGAUUGGGGGCCGGUGCUUAUCGGAGUGGUACUCUUCAUACUCCUUCAACCGGGGCUGCUCUUUCAGAUCCCCGGAAAGAACCGACACGUGGAGUUUGGAACCAUGAAGACCAAUGGAAAGGCAAUCGCCGUACACACGCUUAUCUUCUUCGCUUUUUAUGCUGUUCUAACAUUUGCCGUUCAUGUCCACAUCUAUACCGGCUGAUCGGCCGGUCCCCUUAAUUCUCAUCGGAGCAAGAUCCACGUCUUAUUGUAUAUAUAAAGCUUCUUGUAUU